AUGAAAGUGUUCAGCCUGUUGAUAAUGGUAGCCACUGCCGGACUUAGCUUAGCAGCUACCUGCUCAGGCUCGAGACAGUGCCAAUGUCUGUUUUCCGAUGGUUCGCACUGCUGUCUAUACGGAUCCAAUCAAAUGACUGGUGAUGACUAUGAUUGCACAAGACUGUGUUCGGGCGCUAGUCGACUGCUCCAAAAUGGCGAGAAUACCCCAAGAAAGUGCAAUGCUGGGGGUAAAUUCUCCUGUGCCUCUCUCUUCACUGCCCAGGGUCGCACUCCAUGCUACGAUCAUGCUUAG